AUGACAAGCAUAGACGAGAUUUUUCAGAAAUCCGGCCUCCCCAGCAAACGGAAGCUGGACCCGGUCCGCGAUCCAACCGAGAUCUACAAAUCCGCCAAGCGCUCCUCCACCACCAGCCGCCACGCCCGCGUGGACGACCAAGACGACACGACCGCCGAAGCCGGGCCCCUCCCGCCCCCCGCCGACGAUGAGGAAGCCGCCUACGGCCCCUCCGCACCCGCCAACGACGACGCGGCGUCGGAGGACGCCGGCGACGACGACGAAGGCCGCUUCUUCGGCGGCGGCAUCACCCGCACCGAGCGCGAGGUGCUGGACCUGAUCGACAGCGCCGAGACCUCCUCCUCCAACCUCCCCGCCGCCGCCGGCGACGAAGAAACAAUCGACGAGGCCUGGCUGCGCAAGACCGCGCUCGCCUUCGAGAAGAAGAUCGCGCGCAACGCGGAGCAGCGCGCGCGGCACGCGCACGAGCCCGCGCGCUUCAUCGACUCCGAGGCGGACCUGGACGCGGCCAUCAAGGCGCUGUCGCUGCUGGCCGAGCGCCCGGCGCUGUACCCGCUGUUCGCGCGGCUCGGGUGCGCGGGCAGCCUGGCCGGCCUGCUGGCGCACGAGAACGCCGACAUCGCGCUCGACGCGGUCGAGAUCGUCGGCGAGCUGACCGACGAGGACGUCGCGGCCGAGGAGGCCGACUGGAGCGCGCUGGUGGACGCGCUGCUCGAGGCGGAUCUGCUCGGCUUGUUGGUCGGCCAUCUGGGCCGGCUGCGCGAAGACGAGGAUGAGGCCGACCGCGAGGGCGUGUACCGCGCGCUCGGCGUGGUGGAGAAUCUGUGCUCGAAGCGGGAGACGGCCGAGGUGGUGGGCGCCGAGGAAGGCUUGUUGAGGUGGUUGCUGGCGCGCGCGGCGCGCGCGGAGAGGCCGGUGGGGCAGAACAAGCAGUACGCGGCGGAGAUCCUGGCGAUUCUGGUGCAGAACUCGGCGAAGAACAGGCGAAAGCUGGCCGAGUUGGACGCGGUGGACUCAAUUCUGCAGCUGGUGGCUCCGUAUCGCAGGCGCGAUCCGGAGAAGGGCGGGGACGAGGAGGAGUACAUGGAGAACCUGUUCGAGGCGCUGACGAGCAUCGUCGACGAGCCCGAGGGCAAGGCGAAGUUUGUCGAGGCCGAGGGCGUCGAGCUGUGCCUGAUCAUGUUGAAGGAGGGCAAGCUGAGCAAGCCGGCCGCGCUGCGGCUGCUGGACCACGCGGCGGGUGGGCCGGCUGGGACGGGCGUGUGCCAGAAGAUCGUGGAGACGGGCGGGCUUAAGACAACCUUUACCAUGUUCAUGAAGAAGCCCGACCACCGGGCGGCUGAGCACUUGGUGGGCAUCUUUGCCUCGAUGCUGAGGCUGCUGCCCGCCGAGUCUCCCGAGCGGAUCCGCACGCUGGCCAAGUUCGUCGAGAAGGACUACGAGAAGACCGAGAGGCUGCUCAAACUGCGGCGCGAGUAUGCCGCCCGCAUGGCUGCGGUAGAUGAGCAGAUCAAACAGGAGCAGAGGGACAUGGACGACGAGGAAAGGGAGGAGAUGGCAGACGAGUGGUUCUCGCGGCGGCUGGACGCGGGACUCUUCUGCCUGCAGACGAUCGACGUGAUCCUGGCGUGGCUUGUGGCCGAAGACGACGGGGCGAGGAAGAAGAUACAAGCCCUGCUCGCAGACAGGGACGAGUCGUUUGCGAUGAUAAGAGAGACGAUCCAAGAGCAGAUCGACGGGAUGGAUGCCGAGACGGCCGAGGCCAAGGAGACGAAGGAGAUGCUAACGACGCUGGCGCAGUUUUUGCAAUGA